AUGCCGCCCAAAGCCCCCCGCAGAGCCGCCGCCGCGCCCCCGGCGCCGCCGCCCCCCGAGGAGGACCCCGCGCAGGACAGCGGCCCCGAGGACCUGCCGCUGGCCAGGCUUGAGUUUGAAGAAACCGAAGAACCUGAUUUUACUGCAUUAUGUCAGAAAUUAAAGAUACCAGAUCAUGUCAGAGAAAGAGCUUGGUUAACUUGGGAGAAAGUUUCCUCUGCAGAUGGAGUAUUGGAAAGUUACGUUAAGAAUAAAAAGGAACUGUGGGGCAUCUGUAUUUUUAUUGCAGCAGUUGACCUAGAUGAGAUGCCAUUUACUUUUACUGAGCUGCAGAAAAACAUAGAAACCAGUGUCUAUAAAUUUUCUUACUUAUUAAAAGAAAUUGAUACCAGUACCAAAGUUGAUAAUGCUAUGUCAAGACUCUUGAAGAAGUAUAAUGUAUUGUGUGCACUCUACAGAAAAUUAGAAAGGACAUGUGAACUUAUAUAUUUGAUGCAACCAAACAAUUUAAUAUCUACUGAAAUAAAUUCUGUGUUGGUGCUAAAAGUUUCUUGGAUCACAUUUUUACUAGCUAAAGGGGAAAUAUUACAAAUGGAAGAUGACCUGGUGAUCUCAUUUCAGUUAAUGCUAUGUGUCCUUGAUUAUUUUAUCAAACUCUCACCUCCUGCAUUGCUCAAAGAACCAUAUAAAACAGCUGUAAUACCUAUUAAUGGUUCACCUCGAACACCAAGGCGAGGUCAGAACAGGAGUGCACGGAUAGCAAAACAACUAGAAAAUGAUACAAGAAUUAUUGAAGUUCUCUGUAAAGAACAUGAAUGUAAUAUAGAUGAGGUGAAAAAUGUUUAUUUCAAAAAUUUUAUACCUUUUAUGAAUUCUCUUGGAAUUGUAGCUUCAAAUGGACUUCCAGAGGUGGAAAGUCUCUCUAAACAAUAUGAAGAAAUUUACCUUAAAAACAAAGAUCUAGAUGCAAGAUUAUUUCUGGAUCAUGAUAAAACUCUGCAUGCUGAUCCUAUAGACAGUUUUGAAAUUCAGAGAACACCACGAAAAAGAAAUAAUGAUGAAGAGUUGAAUGUGAUUCUUCCCCAAACUCCAGUUAGGACUGUUAUGAACACUAUCCAACAAUUAAUGAUGAUCUUAAAUUCAGCAAGUGAUCAACCAUCAGAAAAUCUGAUUUCCUAUUUUAAUAAAUGCACAGUGAAUCCAAUGGGAAGUAUCCUGAAAAGAGUGCAGGAUAUUGGAUACAUAUUUAAAGAGAAGUUUGCUAAAGCUAUGGGACAGGGAUGUAUUGAAAUUGGGUCACAGCGAUACAAACUUGGAGUUCGGUUGUAUUACCGAGUAAUGGAAUCCAUGCUUAAAUCAGAAGAAGAACGAUUGUCCAUUCAAAAUUUUAGCAAACUUCUGAAUGACAACAUCUUUCAUAUGUCUUUGUUGGCAUGUGCUCUUGAAGUUGUAGUGGCUACAUAUAGCAGAAGUACAUCUCAGAAUCUUGAUACUGGAACAGAUUUGUCCUUCCCAUGGAUUCUGAAUGUACUUAAUUUAAAAGCUUUUGAUUUAUACAAAGUGAUUGAAAGUUUUAUCAAAGCAGAAGCCAACUUGACCAGAGAAAUGAUAAAACAUUUAGAGCAAUGUGAACAUCGAAUCAUGGAAUCCCUUGCAUGGCUCUCAGAUUCACCUUUAUUUGAUCUUAUUAAACAAGCAAAGGACCGAGAAGGGCCAGGUGACAACCUUGAAUCUGCUUGUACUCUCAACCUUCCUCUCCAGAAUAAUCACACUGCAGCAGAUAUGUAUCUUUCUCCUUUAAGAUCCCCAAAGAAAAAAGGGUCAACUACACGUGUAAAUUCUACUGCAAAUGCAGAGGCACAAGCAACCUCAGCCUUCCAGACUCAGAAGCCAUUGAAAUCUACCUCCCUCUCACUCUUUUACAAAAAAGUGUAUCGACUAGCAUAUCUUCGCCUGAACACACUAUGUGCACGUCUUCUGUCUGACCACCCAGAGCUAGAACACAUCAUCUGGACCCUUUUCCAGCACACACUGCAGAAUGAGUAUGAGCUCAUGAGAGACAGGCAUUUGGAUCAGAUCAUGAUGUGUUCUAUGUAUGGCAUAUGCAAAGUGAAGAAUAUAGACCUUAAAUUCAAAAUCAUUGUCACAGCUUAUAAGGAUCUGCCUCAUGCUGUUCAAGAGACUUUCAAACGGGUUUUGAUCAGAGAAGAAGAGUAUGAUUCUAUUAUAGUAUUCUAUAACUCGGUCUUUAUGCAAAGAUUAAAGACAAAUAUUUUGCAGUAUGCUUCCACCAGGCCCCCUACUUUAUCACCAAUACCUCACAUUCCUCGAAGCCCUUACAAGUUUUCUAAUUCACCUUUACGGAUUCCUGGAGGGAACAUCUAUAUAUCACCCCUGAAGAAUCCAUAUAAAAUUUCAGAAGGUCUGCCAACUCCAACAAAAAUGACUCCAAGAUCAAGAAUCUUAGUAUCCAUUGGUGAAUCAUUUGGGACUUCUGAGAAGUUCCAGAAAAUAAAUCAGAUGGUGUGUAACAGUGACCGUGUGCUCAAAAGAAGUGCAGAAGGAGGCAACCCCCCCAAACCUCUGAAAAAACUACGCUUUGACAUUGAAGGGUCAGAUGAAGCCGAUGGAAGUAAACAUCUCCCAGGAGAGUCCAAAUUUCAACAGAAACUGGCAGAAAUGACAUCUACUCGAACACGAAUGCAAAAGCAGAAAAUGAGUGAUAACAUAGAUAUCUCAAACAGGGAAGCCAAGUGA